GGUAAUUGAGAAUGGGUCCUCAACGAUGCUAAGUCUACAAUGGGAAGUGUUACGCUUCGCUAUUUCUGCUAUGGGUGCCUUUUCACAUCCGUGACCUGGACACUUUUGCUCUUUGUUUAUUUCAACUUCAGUGAAGAGAAUCAGUCCUUCAAGAAUGUGCCCGUCAAGGGGCUGGAACCUCAGAGGCCAUUUCCAAAAAAAUUUUACCCCCGUUUUACGCGGGGGCCUAUUCAUAUACCUGAAUUGCAACAGAAAGAGAAUAAAAUAGGAAAUCCUCUUGGAAAUCAUGUCCAGGACCCAGUUAAGGGGGAGAUAGAAUUCUCUCCUGAAAUGGGAAUGAUAUUUAAUGAAGAAGAUCAGGAAGUGAGAGACUUGGGCUAUCAGAAACAUGCCUUCAAUAUGCUCAUCAGUAAUCGACUGGGAUCCCACAGGGAGGUGCCUGAUACAAGAGAUACAAAAUGUAGGGAGAAGUCCUACCCUUCCAAUCUGCCGCCUGCCAGCGUUGUUAUCUGUUUCUACAAUGAAGCGCUUUCUGCCCUGCUUCGCACGGUACACAGUGUCCUGGAUCGCACUCCUGCACACCUUCUUCACGAAAUUAUUUUGGUUGACGACAACAGUGAAUUGGCUGACUUGAAGAAGGACUUAGGUGAAUAUGUUAAAACUCAGCUUCCAAAAACCACAAAAUUAGUAAGAAAUGAGAAGCGGGAAGGUUUGAUUCGAGGAAGAAUGAUUGGAGCCUCUCAUGCCACAGGGAAAGUCCUCGUGUUCCUGGACAGUCACUGCGAGGUGAACGAGAUGUGGCUACAACCUCUGCUGACUCCCAUCAGAGAAGAUCGCAGGACCGUGGUGUGCCCUGUGAUUGACAUAAUCAGUGCUGACACGCUCACCUACAGCUCUUCGCCGGUUGUUCGUGGAGGCUUUAACUGGGGCCUGCACUUUAAGUGGGAUCUUGUUCCUUUGUCAGAACUGGAAGGACCCGAGGGAGCCACUGCCCCGAUCAAGUCACCUACUAUGGCUGGAGGCCUGUUUGCCAUGGAUCGCGAGUACUUCAAUGAACUUGGACAGUAUGACAGUGGCAUGGACAUCUGGGGAGGAGAAAAUCUGGAAAUAUCUUUUCGGAUCUGGAUGUGUGGGGGUAGGCUUCUGAUCAUCCCCUGCUCCAGGGUGGGACACAUCUUCCGUAAAAGACGUCCCUAUGGCUCACCAGGGGGACAGGACACUAUGGCUCAUAACUCGCUGAGGCUGGCACAUGUGUGGAUGGAUGAAUAUAAGGAGCAGUAUUUUGCUUUGAGACCCGAGCUAAGGAUGAGGAACUACGGAAAUAUUACCGACCGUAUAGAACUGAGAAAAAGGUUGAACUGCAAGUCAUUUAAGUGGUACUUAGAUAAUAUCUAUCCUGAGAUGCAAGUAUCUGGGCCCAAUGCCAAAGCUCCACAGCCAGUUUUUAUUAAUAGAGCACAGAAACGGCCGAAAAUAAUCCAGCGUGGAAGGUUGUACCACCUUCAAACCAACAAAUGCCUGGUUGCCCAGGGCCACCCGAGUCAGAAAGGAGGCCUGGUAGUGGUUCGGGACUGUGACUACAACGAUCAAAACCAGGUCUGGAUUUACAAUGAAGACCAUGAGCUGAUUUUAAAUAAUCUCCUUUGCUUGGAUGUUUCGGAAACUCGCUCGUCCGAUCCACCUCGUCUCAUGAAAUGCCAUGGAUCCGGCGGCUCGCAGCAGUGGACGUUCGGGAAAAACAACCGCCUCUACCAGGUCUCCGUGGGGCAGUGCAUGAAGGUGGUAGAUCCGCUUAGCCACAAAGGGUACGUCACCAUGGCCAUCUGCGACGGGUCCCUUCCUCAGCAGUGGCAUUUCGAGAGCUGAGACGGCGAGGACGCGCCUCACAAGCGUUAAGCCAAGACCUGAUUCCCCUUCAGCCAUGAUUUGAAGUCAUUCGGGAGGGCUUUACAAGGAGCCCUCAGCUGCUACAGC